AUGAGUGUUUCUGUGGACAUCAUGAUCCCUAAUGGGCACCGGUACACGCAGCCCACCGGCCUGUUCAUCAACAACGAAAUCGUCCCCUGCUCGUCCGGCCAGACCAUCACAUCUCUUGACCCCGCAACUGAUAGGCCAAUCGCCUCCGUCCACGCUGCCAACUCCAACGAUGUUGACCGCGCCGUCCACGCCGCCAAAACCGCUCUGGUGCAGCCCUCAUGGAAGCUUCUUCCUGCAACAGAGCGGGGCCGGCUGAUGGCCCGCCUGGCUGAUUUGAUGGAGCAGAACAAGGUACUUCUUGCCUCCAUCGAUGCCUGGGAUAACGGCAAACCGUAUCAUGUGGCUCUCGAGGAAGAUCUCCCCGAGGCUAUCGCCACGAUUCGCUAUUACAGCGGCUGGGCGGAUAAGACCUGCCGCCAGAUGCUCAACACCACGCCCCAGAAAUUCGCAUACACCCUGCGCCAGCCCAUCGGCGUAGUGGGCUAA